UCUAUAAUUACUUACAACUCUGUCUCUAUAAUUACUUACAACUCUGUCUCUAUAAUUACAUACAACUCUGUCUCUAUAAUUACUUACAACUCUGUCUCUAUAAUUACUUACAACUCUGUCUCUAUAAUUACUUACAACUCUGUCUCUAUAAUUACAUACAACUCUGUCUCUAUAAUUACUUACAACUCUGUCUCUAUAAUUACUUACAACUCUGUCUCUAUAAUUACAUACAACUCUGUCUCUAUAAUUACUUACAACUCUGUCUCUAUAAUUACUUACAACUCUGUCUCUAUAAUUACAUACAACUCUGUCUCUAUAAUUACUUACAACUCUGUCUCUAUAAUUACUUACAAAAAUCAUCAUAAUUUCUUACCUCUACUGCCUUUAUAG